AUGUUUGCGCUUCUAUGCCGUCUAUUACGGGGGAAACUCACCUCCAUUUAUUCGUACCUAUUGUCUCUUUUAACUUCAAGAGAGGAACUCUCUAAUGGGGAAGACCAAAAGGAGGUUUCUCUUUUCCCCUCUCCUCAUUACGAAUCCAUCACCCCUGUCUCCAUCUAUAUUAGACAAUGUGCAGUUGGAGAAUUCGACUACGAUUUCUCUAAUCCAAACCCCUUUGAUUGGGAUUUGAAAAUCCUUAAUCAAAAUGCAAUCUCCCAUAACGACCAAUCCUACCAUGCUAAUUAUAACCAGCAUCCGUUGCCACCACCACAGCAACACCAGCAACAACAACAACAACAACAACAACAACAACAACAACAACAACAACAACAACAACAACAACAACAACAACAACAACAACAACAACAACAACAACAACAACAACAACCAUUGCUACAUCCAUCACAACCCCACCAACAACACCUACAACACCAACUUCACCUACAACAACAACCAGUCAAGCAAAAUCAGAAAUAUCCUCACAGACUAGAGUCUAAGAAGGAUCCCUACUCAAAGGGAAAUGACUCGUUUCAGCACCAUAAACAAGUACAACAUCAUGUUGGAAUCGACAGCCACUGUUUAAAGGAUAAAUUGGAUGGUUGCAAUUACAUGGACAAAACACUUCAUAGACACCAGAAAAGUAUCGCCUCUGCUGAUGUUAAACACUACCCUCACCUCGCUAAUACCAACUUCGUUAAUGGCAAUAUCGGUAAUGGCAAUAUCGGUAAUGGCAAUAUCGGUAAUGACAACCUCCUUGAUAGUUUUAAUGCAGACUUUGCCAACCAACUGAAAUCCUUCAAUAAUUUCGAAAAUAACCUGCUAAUAUCAAAACAUAUAGAUGAGGAGGCAGAUCUGUCAGAUGAUGAAGACCAUUUUGUCUUGCCUCCCCCUCAAACCCAUUAUGAUUCCGAUGACGAUUAUGAGACCUUGCCCCUAGAUGACGAGCUCAUGAUUUCCAUUGUUCGCAACUCUCCAUAUAACCUGUUGCCCAAACUCGCACUCGACUACGGAGUCUCCCUUCCAAUGGAUUCAAUCAUGAAUGGCGGAAUGGGUGCACCAGACCUACUGAGAGAAGAAGACAGGCAUGUACACUCCAAGCGUGGAAGCAUGGAAGGGGAGCGACUACAAGAGCCAAUAGAAGAUGCUGAUAUGAAGAGUGAUAUCAAAGGCGAUAUCAAAGGCGAUAUCAAAGGCGAUAUAAAAGGUAGUGAUGAAGAGAAUGAUGACAUCAAGAGUGCUACAAGUAAUAAUAGAGACGAUGUGUCUGCUGCUGGUGGUAAUGACGAUGUUGGUGACGAUAACGAAGACGAUGAUGGUCGUAAUAAUAAGACCAAGGCUACAAAGGAGAUGGUUAAGAGACACACUGAGUUUGAAGUUACACUUUCCUCGUCUCUUGAUCCAAAUUCCCCGCCUGAGAACCUAAAGAGAAAGUACAACCGCAUUCUAUUUUCAGGCAAGCCAGAAUCGUUGAAAUCAGAAGCGGAUUUAAAGACCAAGAAAAAGACAAAAGUUGACAAACUGUUCACGUGUGACAUCUGCAACACCUCUUUCAAAGUCAAGGGAUACUUGACCAGGCACCAAAAGAAACAUUUUGCGUCCAAGCCUUUCAUAUGUCCCUAUUUUGAUCCAAGCUCCCGUUAUGAUGAUUCUACAGAUGGGGCCAAUGACCAUCCAUCCAAGCCAACUGAAGGCCCACUACGGUGUCACCCAACAGGCGGGUUCUCUAGACGUGAUACUUUCAAGACCCAUCUGAAAGCCAUUCAUUUUGUCUAUCCUACAGGUACUAAGAGCUGCGACAGAGAUCACAAGAGGGGGAGGUGUGCCUCUUGCUUUAAGGAGUUCCAAUCAAACAAAGAGUGGCUAGAAACUCACGUUAUGACCAAUCAAUGUGAAGGUAUGAUCACUCGCUACCAGUGA